UCGUGAAUCGAUUUUGCCUUUUUGUUUCGAUCUUCUGCGUGACUUCUCGUAUUCCUUGCUUGAUUUUUGGGUUUGUUUGUAUUUCGAGGAGUUGUUGGCCUUGGAAAAUCGCUUUUCAAAUUAGGGUUCUUCUCUGUUCGUGUUUAUGCCUUUUUAUUUUUUAAGGAAAUUUCAUCCUUCUCUUGAUCAAUAAGCAAACAUUAGCCAUUUCUGCUCCAUCCCCCACGUGUGGCCUGGGAAUUUUAAGACUGCGACUGUUUUUCUUUAUUUUUUUGGUUAAUUUUUCCGGAUAUAUCAUAUGUUUUACAUUGCACAAAUGGUAUUUCAGGUUUGAGUUUAAACUGUGGAAUUUUUCUUGGUGAUGGUGUUUUUCCAGGCAAUAUUGGAUUGUUAAUUUUUUUAUAUUCUGGAAUAUUUGGCGCUUUUUGUGGGGUUAUGGAAACGUACGAUGUCGAUCCUGAUGUCAUGAGAUGGGGCCUUCAUCUUUUAGAUGUUUGUACCUUUACAAAUGACAGUUCUCGCAAUACUGUUACUGAAUAUAGAUUUGACCCGAGUUAUAGUCAAGUGGCAUAUGUCAAUGAAGGUUAUUGUGAACCGUGUACUGUGAAUUUGGAGAAUGAUGAGGCUAUUGCACACGCUUUUCAAGAAGAGAUAUCUAGAAUUGAUUCUAUAGAGCUUUCUGGGGUAUCUGAUUCUGGGGAAGACCGUCUGCAAGCAUCUGUUCUUGCACAGGAUUGGCUUGGCCCUUCGUCUAGGCAUGACCCUUUUGGACUUGAGGGUGAUCAGAAAACAACUCUUGGCAACGACAUAAAAGUUGGGGAGACGGAUGAUCUGAGAGGCAACGAGGUGGAGAAAAUGGGAAAUCUCUCUUCAUAUCACCACAACACAGUAGAUAAUCCUUUUGCGGAUGAAUGCUCUUCAUAUUCAUUGGAAAUAAUGGAUGAGUCUUCACUUGAUGGUGAAGUGGGCAAAAGACUGAAUCAAAUCGUUCCGGUUCCGCAUGUUCCCAAGACCAUUGAGAAGAUACCUUCAGCUGAUGAAGAGAUGUCAGAUCAUCAACGACUCCUUGAAAGAUUGCAGUUGUAUGAGCUGAUCGAGAACAAGAUUCAAGGAGAUGGCAACUGUCAGUUUCGUGCUCUAUCAGAUCAACUAUAUCGGUCUCCUGAGCACCAUGAUGUUGUGAGAGAACAAAUUAUAGCACAGCUUAAGUUUUAUCGAGAAAUAUACGAGGGUUAUGUUCCAAUGGCCUAUGACGAGUAUCUGAAGAAGAUGAGCAAGAAAGGAGAAUGGGGCGAUCAUGUUACACUACAAGCUGCUGCAGAUUGGUUUGGAGUUAAGAUAUUUGUUAUAACUUCAUUCAAGGAUACAUGUUCUAUUGAAAUACUUCCAAAAGUUCAAAAGUCCAAACGAAUUAUUUUCUUGAGUUUUUGGGCUGAGGUGCACUAUAAUUCAAUUUAUCCUGAAGGAGAAAUCCCAACUUCGUUCGCGAAGAAGAAGAAGAAAUGGUGGAACUUUUGAGUUUAAAGCUUCUUCCUUACACAGCAAGUGGUAGGGUUAUUAUAGAAAAAUGGUUGAUAGUUUCUGGGUUUUCUUCCUCUUCAAAAGCUGAUGAUUGCUGAUCUGAUGGAUGCCUCACUAUUUCAUUUCUUCUGUAAAUAUUUGCACAUUAAUUAUUAUUAUUUAUUAUUAUUAUUAUUAUUAUCAUGUAGAGCCAUAUUCUUUAUCCUAAUCCAUCAUAUUUUUGUUUGCU